CCUUUUGUCUAUACCUUCUAAUAUUAGUAUUUUGGUUCUGUUUUGGGCCUUGUAGUGAUCGAGGGCUUAACCCUACCUCACAAAGGACACCACCACAAGAAGAACGACUUACUCGGUGACAGAAGUACUGCACAUGGUUCUAAGCACCAGCAUAAGCCGUGUGCAAGACACCACUCACCAGCGCAUGUUGUAGCAACCGGUGCACAGCGAGAAACGGUCCCCACUCCACUUCAAGAUUUUGUUCUCUUGAGCGGAAGUCCUCUGUUUCAUGAACGACCCAGAGCAAGCGAUAUUAAAGCCAACAUCACAGAUGCUACAGCUGUGGGAGCCACGGAUCAGAAAGCACCUCAAGGAACUCAAGAAAAAGAGGCAGCUGUCAAUCAAACGAUUACCAAGUUACAGGGACCAGAGCCAUUGUCCAAUCAGCAAGGGGAAGCCAUCCAACAACAUCAAGAAUCGGUUGGUACUACUGACCUGCUUAAAACUGAACAGAAGCAAGUCAACGGUACGGAGCAACAUCCAAUGAGUGAAUCAGAAGAAUCUUCUAAAGCACAACUAGCGUUAUCUCAGGAGCUGCCACAAAAGAUGAAAGAAGGUCUCAACCAAGGGAAAGACCAAGAAAAGCUGACCAACGGCACCAUUUCUAAGGCGCCAGGUGUAGCCAUAACAGUAAAAACUCCUGCUAGACCUACCUCACCCAGCGGAGUAACGAUAGGCCUGGGAAAUAACUCUUUGGCCAACGGUGACCAAGAGAACCCUACUGAAGAAAAUGCCCCCAACAAAAUCGUCACAAUCGCAGUGAAUGGGCAAAAUGUUGGGACGAAUUACAAAGCUACCAGUCCAAACGAAAACCAGACUGACAUCUCCGUGGCCUCGAACAUAAAGCCUGAGUCGGAAAAUCAAAACAUUGACGUUGGACAUUUCCCUUUCAACAUACCUGGAAUACGAAAUUACGGAAACGGGAAAAACGACAGCAAAGUGGCUGAAGCUUCGAAACUGAUAACUGAUAAACAAACGAAACUGGGGCUCCACGAAAAUCUCGGGCCCAAUUGUCACUGGAAAACCACUAAAGGAGCGAACGGUGCUGUUAUUACAUCUGUAGCUUGCUCCGGGGAGUUCCAUAAACCCGAGGCUGACAACAAAGGAGGCUUGGGAGAAGUAGGCCAGAAGCCGGGACAAGCAGAACGAUUCGGAAGUAAACAAACGAGUGCCAAAUUACUUACUUCACCCAUGAAGGCUGAAGGAGGGGAAAAGGAAAUGCAGUUGCAAAGUGAUAAGGAGUUUGAAGAUGACGCAGUUACCACAACCAACGCUUUCCGUAAGAUACAUCGAGCACUCCCAAUGAAGUUAAGCCCCGAGCUUAGUCUUCAAGCUAAAAAGUAUGCCGAGAAGAUCGCCAGCAUGGGAUCACUUCAACAUGACUAUGUUGCUGUGAAACACCUGGACGAAGGAGAGAACCUUGCGAUGGGCUGCAAGCAAUAUGGAGUACCUCUUACUGCAAAGGAGGCCAUAACGAACUGGUAUAAUGAGGUAUGCGCUUAUGACUUCAAUCGAGGAGAGUUUAGCAUGUCAACAGGGCAUUUCACUCAAUUGGUGUGGUCUGACAGCACCGAGUUCGGGAUAGGAAUGGCACCUGGUCAGCAAAACGGAAUGCCCUGCGUCUUCGUUGUGGGACGCUUUAAGCCGUCUGGAAAUUACAAGGGAGAGUACAAGAAGAAUGUGUUUAAAGGGACUUUUGACCCGAGCUACUGCGAUAAACUUCGAGACAAAAAGCUAUUGUAGGACCCAAGACCACCUCGCCAAUAUUAACAUGUCUGCGUUUAAUUAACAAGUCGAUGAGAGUAAAAAAAAAAAAAAGAAUGUAAUCUUGUAUUACCGCUAAACGUAAGAAGGGCUCGAAUAUUGAGCCAUAACUUUUAAAAACAUCGAUCGCUUCAAUGUAAACUCGUUAAAUCUGUAGACCCAUUAUUAAAGCUGUGUAAAUUUUAAUUAGUCUCUGCUUUUUCCAUAGUAACUAUGAAUAUGAGAGCAAAUAAAACAAGUUCUGCGUGA